AUGGGAAACAAACUAUAUGCUAUAGAAAAAGUGCUUGAUCCAAAAGGAGUUUUGUUUAAUGGGAGAGUUCUCUUGAGGGGUGAUGAUGGGGAUAGUGAUGGAGAUCCCAAGAGAAAGGAUUUGGAAGGGAUUUUGGGUAUAGAAUCAUUUGUUGUGGCAUAUUGUGUUCUAGUGACUACAACCAUCUGUAAGGAAGUAAAGUGGCUUCGCUUGGUGUCACCUCUCUCUACAGUGGAAAUCAGAGCCUCCCCAAUCAAACCGGUUCCAGUUAUGGGAAUUUGGCAAAGAGUAAAAUUCGAAAACCACCACACUAUAAGGUAUGGUAACUAUGGUCAUUUUCGACCCGAUGCUAAUGAUCCAUAGUUAUUUAUCAUUAUAGUUAAAGCCUAUUGGGAAUGACAUAUCCAAGAAACACACACAAACCAAAAGUACCAUGAGAAGAGAAAAAACAAGCCAGAAAGAAAGGAUAACAAAGGAAAAGUGAGAAAAAGAGGCUAAAAUAUUGAUUUUUAGCUGCCAUUGGUCAAUUUUCCAGUACAUGACACUUAACUGCCAAGUAUAUUUUCUUUCUUUUGAUGAGGCUAAAUUAUAGUAAC